AUGUCUUCCAGUGAGUGGUCGCCCGAGUCGGAGCCGGAUCCAAUGUGCAAACGCAUCUCGGCGUUGCUGCCGGCCGCCAUCGCAUGGGCACUCAUCAUCGGAUGCUCCGGCUCAUUCUUCUGGUUCAUCGCGCCCAAAUUGUGGGAGACGUGGAAAGUGUGAGUCGGUUGUUUUUUUUUUGAGCCCAAAAAAUCGAAAAUGUACGUUUUCCGACGGCUAAAAGUUGCGAUUCUCAACAGUGGGCCUGAGCUCACGUGGUCUAAAAUCAUGCGAAUAGGUGCGUGCUUGCAGAUGGGGUCUCGCGGCGACGCUCGUCGAUUUCUGCCUCUUCGCGAUCGUGGCCUCGAAUCUGUGCAUGGCGAUGUUCAUCGAUCCGGCGGUGCAUCCGUACGCGAUCGGAUCGGAAGAGCCGACGCAAGUGGACGAUCUGCGGGCGCCGCUCUACAAGAACGUGGACAUAAACGGAAUUACGGUGCGCAUGAAGUGGUGCGUCACGUGCAAAUUCUACCGGCCGCCCCGUUCGAGCCAUUGCAGCGUCUGUAAUAGGUGAGCAAACAUUUUAGGUCUGAAAGGAACUGUUAAUGAGAUUUGCAGAUGCAUCGAAACUUUCGACCACCACUGUCCGUGGGUUCACAAUUGUGUCGGAAAACGGAAUUAUCGGUUGGUUAUUUCAAAACAUUAAACCAAAUUUUUUAUCACUUUUCGGUUGGAAACUUGCUUAUUUGCUCUGUUUGACACGAAAAAUGAAGAUUUUCUGGAAAAAGCCAAAUUCUUGCAGUUUCCGGCGGAAUUCUAACCUUUUUUCAGCUACUUUUUCUUCUUCCUGUGCAGUCUGAGCGUCCACAUGCUCUACGUGUUCGUCCUGUGCUUCUUCGUCGUCUGGACAGGCUCGACGGCGAGCAGUCCGUCCAACGCGGCCACGACCAUCAGCAGCAGCAGCACGUGAGUGGUCCCGUCGCUCGGCGGUCGCUCACCGCCCGCCAGCGCCCAUCGUUUCAGUGAGGACAGUCUGCGGACGCACUUGCUCACCCCGCCCUACCUAUGCGCAAUCGUUCUUUUGGCGGUGUGCGCGGUGCUGUGCGUGCCCGUCAUCGGCCUCACCGUCUUCCAUUUGGUCCUGGUCGCCCGCGGACGGACAACCAACGAACAGGUCACCGGCAAAUUCACGUCCGGAUACAAUCCGUUCACGCUCGGAUGCUGGAACAACUGCCGACGGACUCUGUGUCAUAGCCAGCUGCCGACGUACGUUUUUGGGGGGUGGAAAAAGCUUUACCCAAACUUUUUCAGAUUCAAAUCGCACGUGAUGCAGUUCCGAAAAGAACGGAAGAAGGAGCAGGAGCGGUUGGCGACGAUGAAGAACGCGCCGAUCGAGGAACGAAAUGCGGUGAGGCCGACCGGCUUUUUGCUAUUAUCGAGUUGUCCUGUCGGGCCCAGACUGUCUAUCUGAAAAGUUAUAGGCCGAUUGGAUUAUCAUUCCUCGAGAUGUAGGGAUUUUACAUCGAGAAACUCCAAUUUUUGCUGAAAGUUAUGCCGGGAAAACUGUUCCUGCUGCGAACUUUAAACUGCAAAAUCCAACAGAUUCUCUUAAACUUUCGACACGGCAUUCGAGUUUCUCGGUGUAAAAUCAAGAUUUCUCGAGAGAUGAUCCCCGAUCGGGCUGAAACUUUCAAGAUAGAUACUCCAACCCGAGGCUGAUAUUCUUGCGGCGUGGUGUUUCGUGCCGUCAACCUCCGUAACUGCCAGUUGCCGAUUUAGCGAAGGACACGAUUUUUGUCAAAAACUAGUGACAAAUCAGAGGAAACUUUCACAAAAAUCGGGUCCUCCGCCAAACAGAGGCAGAGUUUAGCUCCCCUCUUCAUUUUCAACAAAACUAUUUGCAGGCGAACGACGACGACAACGAGGAGACGUCCCGCCUUUACAUCCCCGACGAGCACAACGUCGUCGGCAGCCACAUCCCGCUGAAACCGCUGCUCUCGGGACGGACACUCUCCAAAUCGACGGGCGCCACGACCACCGUUUCCGUUUCGGUGUCGGACAGUCAGCAGAAGAUGUCGGAGAGCCAGUCGAUGUCGAUGAGUUCGUGCGACGAGUCACGAGGGGCUGUGGGCGGAGCCACCGAUGGGUCCACUUGCAAUCUGUUCGAAUUGGAGAGAGGAGGUUCGAAUUGAUGGCGAUUUUGGAGGGGCCUAAUUUGUAUUUAUGAGCUUUAAAAGAGCAGAGCCCUGAAAUCGACUCAAAAUUGUAAAGAGUUUGGCCGCUCGAUGUUGUCGAUUUCUGGCGUAAAUUCUGUGCUGAAAGCUCUGAAACCCGGAAAAGUUGUGCGGAAAAGCAUUGUUUUUGCAGGCACACCUCGUCAAGCGUCCUCAUCGCUGCGAAGUUCGUUCCGACACGACGAGACGACGAUCUCGUCGACGACGCCACGUGGCGGAGCACAAUCCUACGAGGAGGCACUCGAAGAAGCGCUUCGAGUGGGAUCUCCGACCGCCGCAGCCGACACGACGACCGAUUCUUCGGCGCCGACGACGCUGUCAUCCAGGAGGACCGUCUCGCCGAGCAGUGAGUGUAGUUUAAAUGAAAAAGUGAUGAGAUGAGGAGGGGGGGGGGGAGGUCGAAUUUCGAAAUGUUUCUCACAAUUUGUCAAUUCGGGCAGCACGGACCUGCCAGAAAAAGCGAGACGAAAGGUGAUCCAUUGACAAAUAGAGAGAAAGGGAAGUGACGGAGGAGGACGUUGAUGUUCUUGAAAUGGACGAGGCAUGCGUGAGGGACUGGAAAUGAAGCCGAACUUUGGGCAUUGAAUAAUCGGGACCGUCUACUCGCUCGUGGAGUCUUGCAGCACCUACCGCCUCGUCCGCGGCGACCGUCAUCCGCAAUGGAUCGUCCGGCGGGAACAAGCCGCGUGGGUUCACUGAUGCAGUCCGCCUCGCUGACAUUCUCGCCCGCAACCAACAACACGUCGAUCAGCCGGUCUGA